AUGUCGCUCUUCCCAGUCUACUGCUGCUGCUGCUGCCGCCGCCGUCCAUUGGAUGAUGAUGACGGAGGGGAGAGAGAACGCCUGAGAGCUCCACAGUCUGUACGGCAAUUACAAUGUGCAACAGAUGCUGUGAGCAUGAAGGAUGGAAGAAUCACUGCGAAGGUUGUAAAUGUGGCUGAUCUUGAUCGAUGUUUCGCUGACAUUGUGAAUACGUUCAAUGAUCAACAAGUAAAUUACCUAACACUCUGUGAGUCCACACGACUGCUGAAAGAACAUUGUCAAUGUAUAUCUAGCGACAUGCUUAUCGACUGUAUUAAGACACUCCAACAAGAGCACAGUGGUUUUGCAGUGAAUGUAGAAAUGAAAGGCUACAACUUCUCACUUUCUGUAGAGUCCACACAAUCAAUUCCAAAGCAACUUCAGCAGGUACAACAGUGUGUGAAAGAGCUGUGUGCUUCCACUAAAUCCAUAAUAGCAGCAGACCCCAAACUGCAGGAGAUGAUUAACUCAAUGGUACAGUCAGAAGAAGAAAACCUUGAAAGGGUGAAGCUCGCAAGCAAUACCUAUCAGGACCAAACACGCUGUUUAUCUAACAUGAGGAUGAACUUCAAAGAAAUAAAGCGAGCCAAAGAGCUUUCAAAUACCUACAGAGAAGCAGCCUACAGUGUGCUCAGAGAUAUGGCACAGGUGGCAGGGAUAAACGUGUGAAAAUUCAGAACUGCUAUAGAAUAUUUCUAAGGCUGUCACUAAAAAAUACCGUGUUGAUGAUUGAUGGUAACUGACUGUAUUCGCAGCCAGCGCAUUGUACAUCUACUGGUCGAAUGUUUUGAUUCUUGCAUUUAUAUAAUUUAAUGAUCCAUUGGCUUGUAGACGGGGGGAUUGUGUCAAUAUUUGUGGACAAGAUUUCAGUGAAAAACAAACUAAUUGUUUAUAUUUGUCACUAAAACAAAUCAACCCUGUUAGUUAUUAAUAAAUCCUGAAUAUUGAUUGA